UGUCAGAAAACCAAGUCAACAACACUCCUAUUCAAAGUGUAGUAAUACCCAUCGAUAAUGGAAACAAUGCAGUUCCAAUUGCUAGCAGGCAAAUCAACGAAGUCAUCGAAUUUCAAGAACCCAGCACGUCCAAGAAUUAUUCGAUCAAAACAGAAAUCCGGAUCAACAUAAUGGGCGAGCAAAGCGAAACAAACAAUUCAGAUAAUUCUAUCACUUUGUGCAAAGAUGAUAGUCCAAUGAAGAAAGACAAAGAAGAAACUUCAAUCCCUUGCGCUGAUGAAAUAAUCACCUGUGCCAGAGAAGAAUCGGUUGGUCCAUAUAGCAGAAACGAGACUCAAAGGGCAGGAAUAAAUCAAGGCGAGCCUCCACCGCCCUACGAACGCAAUGCACCUCCCCCCUAUUACAGUUCUUAUCGUUCUGAAGGUCCACAACAACAAUCCUCAGGCCCUUAUUCAAGUAGAAGACGGAGUAGAAACAACCGACCGUUCGGCAAUGAUUUAUCCUACGAAGAAGUUGCAAUUGUUUUUGAAGACGUUUCCAUACGGCAUGCUUUCGUCCAAAAAGUCUUUACCAUAUUGUUCGCGCAACUUUCAAUCACCACCGCCUUGAACUUAUUGGCCCUGUUCCACAAACCAACAGGAGACUUUAUCAGAGAAACAACAUAUAUGUCUUAUAUUAUGAUGGCUAUAUUUUUCACCACUUACCUCGCUUUGAUUUGCAUCAAAUCCUUACGAAGAAAAUUUCCGGUGAAUUAUAUAUUUCUCUUUUUGCUCACCAUUAGCAUGUCGUAUCUAACCGCUUUUAUGACGGUUAGGUACGAAACUAAAAUCGUUGUAAGUGCAGUUGGUACUACGAUGCUAAUUUGCUUCAUUGUGAGUCUUUUGGCAUGUCAAACGUGGUUCGACAUUACCAAAUGGACUUUUAUUAUAGCUAUAGCGUCAAUCAUUGUGAUGGUUUUUGGACUGAUAGCGAUGAUCAUGUCUAUUUUCGGUUACAAAAUCAUCUGGAUGAUUUACUGCGGUUUAGUUGUGCUACUCUGUAGUGUUUUUUUGUUGUAUGAUAUGCAAUGUAUAUUGGGCGGAAGGCGUAUCGAAUUGUCACCGGAAGAGUACAUCUAUGGAGCACUUAAUCUUUAUAUUGAUAUUAUUUAUAUAUUUUGGUAUUUGUUGCAACUGUAUGCUUAUUGUAGAUAGUGUGGUAUAAAUUAAUAAAAAU